AUGGCUUCCAAACGCACAAUCCUUAUCACCGGCUGCUCAGAUGGUAGUCUGGGUUCACACCUCGCAAUCGCCUUCCACAAGGCUGGAUGGCGAGUCUUUGCGUCUGCCCGCAAUCCGAGCAAGCUGAAGCAUGCACAAACAGCCGGCAUCGAGACAAUCCAGCUUGACGUCACCUCAGACGAUUCUAUCGCCAAAGCUGUUUCCCAGAUUUCCGAGCUUACCUCUGGCUCUCUAGAUCUACUCUUGAACAACGCCGGCGCCGGUUACUCCAUGCCACUGGUAGACCUAGAUCUUAACGAAGCACGGAAGCUAUUCGACCUGAAUGUCUGGUCUAUAAUUAGCAUGACCCGUGCUUUCCUUCCGCUGCUGGCCAAGUCUCAGCACGGCGGUAUAGUGGCCAACAACACCUCAUGCUCAUCCACACCGGCCGGCAUGUUACCAUUUGCCGGCGCAUAUGCUGCUUCAAAAGCGGCGGCAGCAGGUCUCACCGAGAUAUUACGUCUGGAACUCGCUCCAUUCAAUAUUAAAGUGAUCAACAUGAUGACGGGAGCCGUGCGUUCAACUUUCUUUGAUAACACACCCGAUGCUACGCUUCCACCUACUUCCAUAUACAACUUCGCCAAAGACAUCGUGGAAAAGGCCAUGUCAGGCGGGGAUAAUAUGGCAACUGCCUCAGAUCCUGAAAAGUGGGCGGAGUCGGUUGCACAGGGUCUCAGUAAAUCCACUCCACCUUAUUGGUUGUGGCGAGGCAAAUUUACAACUCUAAUCCGCUUUGCUUCUCUUUUACCCAUUGGGAUCUUUGAUGGUACCGUUAAGAAGAUGACUGGACUGGAUGUCGUGGAAAAGAAAAUUAAAGAACAGGGAGGAGCAAGUGCGGUGCUCAAGAAGAUGUUGUCAUAG